GCCGUGAUCUCCUCUGCCUCUCUGCCCCUCUUCUUCACCUUUUUCCUACUCAACUCCCUUCGCUCCACCUUUGCUCUUGUUGCAAUGCAUAUUCUAGUUGUCAACGACGACGGACCGCCGUCGAACCAGUCUUCACCGUAUAUCCAUUCGCUCGUCGUCUCGCUACAAUCGGCCGGACACACUGUAUCGGUGGUAUUACCGCACCAGCAGCGAUCAUGGAUUGGUAAGGCACACCUGGUCGGGGCUGCGGUGAAGCCCACCUACUUCCGGCCUGGGACUUUGCACAAGGACGACGGAACAACUCACGAGUUGCCCCACGGGAUGAACGAAGGCGACGACCAAGAAUACGAUGGCGAUGAGUGGAUCCUGGUCGACUCGACGCCGGCGAGCUGUGUGCAGAUCGGCCUAUACCACUACUUCGAGGACCGCGGUCCGAUCGACCUGGUCGUUUCUGGGCCGAACUAUGGCCGGAACUCGACCGCGCUCUUUGCCAUGUCCAGCGGAACGAUUGGUGGCGCCAUGGAGGCCGCCGUCUGUGGGAAACGGGCUAUCGCUCUGUCCUACGCCUUCAGCUCGCGCCAGCAUGACCCCAUCGUUAUCGCCGAGGCUUCGCGGCAUUCGGUCCGGUUGAUCGAGUACCUUCAUAAGAACUGGGCGGAGGGAGUAGAUCUGUACAGUGUCAAUGUACCUCUGGAGCCUGGUGUGAGCGAGGCCAAGGUUCUCUACACCCAGAUGCUCGAUAACCGCUGGUCGUCUGGCAGCUGCUUCAAGGCUGUUGAGGCUUCCGCAUCGACGGACGGCCCGAGUGCGCAUGAGCACAAGCUGCGGGAAGAAGGCGAGGGUGCCGGGACAGCUCUGCCCGCAGAAGGGAGCAAGCCUUCCAUCAAGCGAUCUCGCAUCCAACAUAAGCACUUCGAGUGGGCGCCCAAUUUCACGGAUGUCUACAGAAGCGUGGAUGAGGGCGCUCCCGGAAAUGACGGGUGGGUUGUGAAGGAGGGAAUGACUAGUGUGACGCCGUUGAAGGCCAAUUUCAUGCACACGCCCGGCAUCGAGGGGGAGAUCAAGCUAGCUAUUUUAUGCCUUCCGCGCCUUUCUGUCGCUUUUUGCUUCCCUUCAAUUCUAUUUCGCAGUGCUUUUUUCAUACCGCAGGACGGCCGGGAUUCUGAUAGAUCAUGUUCAUGUAGACCGGAUAAUAAUGAGCCUACAUUAUAUACCCUCGUGGACAGCGACAACCCAUACGUCCAGAGUCUCAUGGAGCAGGCCUUGCAGCGUCGCCUCGGCGCCGGCCACAGUCGCACCAUCUCCUCCCUGGCCGACCUCCCGUCUCCCUCCGCCCCCGUGUUCCAGUACCGCGAGUACGAACGCCUGGACUUCGAGCAUGCCAUGAUGCAUUCCUCGUCGUCCCUCGCGAACGCCUACAUCAUCCGCAAGGCGCUGAUCCGCAAGCACUACCUCUCCAACACCGUCACGAACUGGGUGACCAAGCACCCGGACAGCGUGUUGGCCAAACACUUCAAGUUCGCCUGCGACUUCGAGCUCGACUACGCAGAAUUCCUAGACGACGCCCUCCUGGAGGCCUACGAGCUCCGCGAGAGCCUCGAGCGCAACGAGACUCUGCCCGAGGCCGAGAAGGAAUGGUGGAUCCUCAAAGCCGGGAUGAGCGACCGCGGCAACGGCAUCCGGCUGUUCAACAGCGAAGACGGGCUCCGGGAGAUCUUCGAAGAAUGGGAUCCUGAUUCGGACGACGAGGAGGAGGAGGACGACGAAGACAACGAGGACUCGGAGCGUCCCGCCAAGCCCGAGGAGGAUGACAACGACGACGACCACGGCGUGGUCACCUCGCAACUGCGCCACUUCAUCGCGCAGCCGUACAUCGACCCGCCGCUGCUGCUCCCCUCCGCCGCGAACCGCAAGUUCCACAUCCGCACCUACGUCCUGGCCGUCGGCUCGCUGAAGGUCUACGUCUUCCGGGAGAUGCUGGCCCUGUUCGCCGCGAAGCCCUACUGCGCCCCCGCCGACGAGGCCAGCGCCGACGAGGUCACGGACCUGGCCCGCCACCUGACCAACACCUGCUUCCAGGACGGCGGCAGCGCCAAUGAGGGCAGCGUCCGCCGCUACUGGCAGCUGGACGCGGCCGUCCCGGGCCUCGCCCCGGACUGGAAGGAGCACCUCUUCGAUCAGAUCUGCGCCGUCACCGGCGAGGUCUUCGAGGCCGCCGCCCGCGGCAUGAUGGUGCACUUCCAGACCCUCCCCAACGCCUUCGAGCUGUUCGGCGUCGACUUCCUCGUCGAUCACACCGGCAACGCCUGGCUGCUGGAGCUCAACGCCUACCCGGAUUUCGCCCAGACCGGCGAGGACCUGAAGGAUCUGGUCGUGGGCCGGCUGUUCGAGGAGACCGUUGAUGUCGCCGUCAAGCCGUUCUUUGGGCGCGGGGAGAAGACGGCCGUCCAGGGGACGGAGUCGAUGAGGCUGGUUGCUGAUUUGGAGUUGGGGCGGAAGGAUUAG